AUGUUUGAUCAGCUUCCAGACGAUAUCGUCUUGGAGAUCGUCUCCCACUUGAGAACCGCCCGCGAUGUAGCCCGCCUUGCGUCGUCGUGUAAAUACCUCCACUCCCUCCUCAGCGAGGACGGCUGGCGAACCUUCGUCCGGACCUGCUUCCCCCUCCUGUCCCUCCCAUUGAGCAAGGCCCCGAGAUGGGAUGUACUGGCAAACAACCUCACCAGCCAGGCGCGGGCCUGGGACACAAAGGCCUUCCAGCCUGUCGCCUACAUGGACAACCACCGCCGGGACGGCAACUACUUCACCGGCUACACCAAUGCCGGCCGCCCCUUUCACCCCGUCAUCGACGCCCGCCUUGCCUUCGACAAUAGCUGGGAGGUCGCAGCGUGGGGCGCUGGUGAGGACGUCGUCGGCCGGUUUAGACCGCUCAACAGCGGCGGUCGAGGAGACUCCGACGCCUGGUUCCGCAUGGAGGGGAAGACCAAGGGCUACGAGGCGGGAGUGGGCGACGUCACGGCCAUCCGCCUCGUUGAGCCCGACGGAAAGCUGGGUCUUCUCGUUGGCAGGGCCAAUGGCGAUCUGCAGCUCGUCUCGGCGGCCCCGGGCAGCGCCGGCAGCGCCCUUGCGAACUAUAGAAUCCCCGCGCCCACGGGGGGCCUUGAAGCGACGACAUGGACCUCCAUCGGCUCCAUAGAUACUCUGCCCAACCAGUCGUCGGUAAUAGCUGGCAACCGUGCCACCGUCAGCAUGUUCUCCCUAAGUACCACCGAAGAAAACGGCAAUGGCACCAUCCCACUGGAUUCGCAGACUUUUGAAGUCCCCGGUCAGGGGGGGAGAACGCAGUUCGUCCACUCGGCCAGGGCCCUCAACAACGACACCGUCGUCUGCUCGCUCUCUGGCGAUGUCAACCCGAUCCGCUACCUCACCGUCACCCCUUCAGGCUUUACCCCCUCGCUCGCAUCAAAGAACCCAUCCUUCCUCGCCUCCCGCGGCAUCGACCCGGACAAGAAGCAGACCGUCCGCGCGAUUCACCCCGUCAACCCGGGCCCCGCAGGCCACUCCAACCACCUCUUGAGCGCCUGGGACGACGGCACCAUCCGCCUCCUCGACGUCCGCACGCCGUCUCCCUACGACGUGCUCUACCGCGACAUGUACCAGCCCUUCGAGACGCACUCGUCCCUGCUGGCGUACGGCUCGGACCGCUUCGUCGCGGGCAGCAACGAGCUCGAGGCCCUCAAGGUCUUUGACUUCCGCUGGAGCAAGUCGUACCACCACUCCGCCGCGCUGCCGUGUUGGUCUGGCACGCCGUUCCCGGACCCGCUGCGGGGAACAAGCAGCCGCCCGCUGAGCAUGCGUGGCGUCGGGUGCGACCACGCGAGGGGCCGGGACUGCGUGUGGCACGAGCACUCGCGCAGGGACUAUUACCGCCCUAAUUACCGGUUCCACGUGAUGCCGUUCCGGGACGCGGCGCGGUCGUCGACGAGCCGUAUUUUCUCGCUGGCCAAGGCGUCAGACGUGUCAGAGUCAUUCUACGUCGGGCUCGCGGGGGCCGUAGCCGAGUUUUCCACAGCGCCCGGCAUCGUGGAGCAGCGAGAAGGGCAGCAGGAGGACGUCGUCGCUCCGGGGGUGGCCUCGGCGGCGGAGAAGAGGGGGUGGGCAGCGAGGGCUUCGCAGUUCAGUUUUGCCGAGACAGGCGACGGGCUGUUAACCCCGGGCGUGUCGAUGAGUACCUUCAUGCCGAGGCUGGUGCAGCGGUUCGGUGACGAGGUGGGCGCGCCGCAGUAUCAGAAGUGGUGGGCCAAGACGCCGCCCAAGACGGCGGCGUGGCACCGAUGGAAUGAGAGCUUUUGGCGGCCGACGCACUUUACGUUUUGA